AUGUUUGUUGCUGGUUUUGCUGUUGUUAUUGAGGGCAGUUAUGAACAAGAGGAUCAGAGGGUGAAGACUUGUAAUCAGGCUAAGUAUAAAAACAAGAAGCAAAUAGAAACAGCAAGAAGAGUGACAACAGCAAUUAGCAUUAAAAUUAUGCACACACAGCCAUCUGAAAGUAAUGAAAAUCCUUACCUUUGUUGGCGGACUUUGCAAACCGUGAAACGAAGAAUAUCUUUCAAGAAAUCUGCAAAAUAUGCUGCAAAUCAUGCAUGA